CUCCUCCUCCCAGCUAACCUCCUCCUCCUCCUCGAAGAGCUUCCUCUUCAUGCUGUAACGUUGGUGGUUGGUGAUGUUGUUCAGGGGGAUUCUCCGUGGAGCCCAAUCUAGAUGAGGAGAGUUUGUUGGUGGAGUGACAGGAAUAAUGAAUUCAGGUGAUACAGCCCUCUCCAAUUCAAAAUUAUGAUGAGUUGUAGCUCCCGAGGUUGACUAAUGCAGCCUUUGCCAUGGAUGUAUCUGUGUAGUGGUUGAUGAUGAUGGAUUGUUGGAUGCUGAUGCGUUCAUGUUGAUGACUGUGAAGUAUACUUCAACUGAUGCACGAAUGAAGCUGUUGAAUCCAAUGAGUGUUACUUAUAUACUCCUUUGUUUCUCUCUCUCUGUUCUAGGUUAAGUGAGAUAGUGCAUUUUGGCGCGUCCGCUACAGACAGAAGUUUGCCACAUCCUUGAGACUCAACUGCAUUUUGUCACGUACAGCAAAGUGCAUUCAGAGAUAACAAAAUAUCAAAUCUCUCACACCUUACCAAAACUCAUCCUCUGUUAGAUUCUGCUUAGUUCGAGUGUGCAGUGCAGAUUACACCAUAAUCACUCCAGUCUUCGAGGAGGAAAGACGUGUGAAGGACAAGUAGUACGCCUGAGAGUUGGAGUCUAAUCGGAGAGACACCUAUAGCUGACAGCAUCACACUGUUGGAUCACAUCAUCAACAGCAGCAGCAAAGAUGAACCGAGGCAGUGAAUUCAGAGCAUGGGCUGUAAAUUCUCAUGCAAUUCGCCAUCUUAUUACCUUCCAAAACGAUGAGACAGACAUUGUAUCCGUACUCAAACGCUCAAAACCUCAUGUUUUUGAGAUAAUUAGAGAGCACGCUGAACGUUUUGAAGGAAAAUGGAGCCCACGACCAACACCACCACCACCACCACCAUCACUUCCACACCCCCCCACCCCCGACACCACCAUCGCCAUCACCCGGUGCCUGAGAGGCCCUGGCCCUCAACUGUACGUGAAAUGUUUGCUCCUCAGGCACCCCCCCCCCCACCGAGAAGAAGAAGACCCCCCUGCCUACCCAUUCACCUCUACCACAGUCACAUCACCACCACCACCCCCCGUUGAACACUCUAUAUAAAUCCCUGGAGAUGUUACCAGGGAUUAUCAACCACCCCCCCUCAUCCCCCUCCCACUACAUCAAAUAUUUCACUUCCCCAUCAAAUCUUUUACAAAAUCCCCCCUAUCCUCCUCCAUCCUAUAACCAAGUCCCACCAACAUCACCCCCCCCACUACACCAUCAAACCCCCCCCCCACAUAAUGAUAGUGGUCGAGCUCCACCACUAUCACCAUUACCCCCAUCCACCUCAUCAGUGAUGAUGAUUGUAAAUACAGUAUGUAUAAAUGUUAUAGCCUAUAUAUAUAUAAUUUUUUGUCCAAUAAAAAAUAUUUUUUAUACAGAAAAAA